CUUUUUGCUUCUUUUUUUCUCUUUUUCUUAUUUUGAGGCUCAGACACGAUCGCGAAGCCCCGCUUUCCAUUUGACUGUCUGUUUCUAUUGUGCUUCGACACAUAUACCCACUGUCUACCUACAAAAAUGAGCGGUUUAGAAAAGCAACUAUUUCAGCUCAAGUUUACUGCCAAACAAUUGAGCAAACAAUCGAAACGAUGUACAAAAGAUGAAGCAACUGAAAAAGCCAAAUUAAAAAAGGCGAUACAAGACGGUAAUAUGGAAGUGGCACGGCUAUAUGCUUCCAAUGCUAUUCGUAAGAAGAAUGAGUCAUUGAAUCUCUUGCGUCUGUCAUCGAGAAUUGAUGCUGUCGCAAGUCGAGUGCAGACCGCAGUGACCAUGCGAAAAGUGACGUCUUCAAUGGCCAGUGUGGUAAAGGGAAUGGAUAGAGCCAUGGAAUCCAUGAAUCUUGAAAAGAUCUCUAUGGUGAUGGAUAAAUUCGAGUCUCAGUUCGAAGACCUGGACGUGCAGACGGAAUACAUGGAAGGGGCCAUGGCAGGCACUACCACGAUGACAACGCCUCAGAAUGAAGUGGAAACAUUAAUGCAGCAAGUGGCGGACGAGCAUGGUAUAGAGAUGAGCCAGGAACUCGGUCGUUUGGAACCGGGCAAGAUGGUGGCCGAAGCUCAGAAACAAAAGGAAAGAGGUGAAGAUGAGCUCUUGACCGAACGAUUGAGAGCCUUGAGACAGUAAAACAAUAAACUGACAGAAAUAACAUCUACAUGGGGGAGUUACAUGGGUCACGAUAAGACUGUUCUCUUUCUUGUCGGUCAACAAAUGGAUCUUUUAUUUUCCCUUUUUUCCCCUGUUGCUUUUUAUACACAAAAUUAUUAUGCGCAAGCAACUCAGGUCUCGAUGGACAACGCAGUCAAGGUUAAACUAUGAUGUCCUAGGACAAAAAAAAAAAAAAGAUGCUCAUCUGCACCCUUACUGUUUAUAUUGUGCGGGAUUGAGA